AUGUACGAUACACACAGGCUGAAAGCCGUAUUUGAGCAGGUUAACAACCGCAGCUGGGAGGCCCUAAGGCCCGUCAUAAGGAAGUGGGUGGCUGUUGACAGUGUUAUCGUAACCGAUGAGUGGAAGGGUUGCACCCGCCUACCAUCGGAAGGUUAUACGCACUACACUCUCAACCACCGUAGGGGCUUCGUGAAUCCCACAACGGGACGGCAUACGAACGUCAUAGAGGCCUACUGGGGCAGAUUAAAGAGGAAGCUGCAGGAGUCUGGACCUGUCUGUGGCAGAGCAGUGUGGGCCCACCUAGAUGAGGUUCAGUACCGUCUCUGGUUCGACCUAGGGGCCGACAACAUGGCAGCCUCCUGGGAAACUUUCCUACGACAAUGGGCAGAAGCGUAUCCAAUUGAAGAGAGCCAACGAACGGUGACUGGGUAAGCUAACCAACGGAGGCGCAUACGGAAGACGUGAAGGCAAGUCUCUGUACUUCCUCCAUUUACUCUCCAUGCCUACCUACAAUGAAUGCAGCCGUUACCUACUGGCGAUAGGAAAGCUGGCGAUUGAGAAGAGCCUACAAACGGCGAUUGGAUAAGCUAACCAACGAAGCCGCCGACGGAAGACAUGAAGGUAAGUCGCCGUACCUCCUCCAUUAAGUCACAAUGCUUGCAUACGGUGAAUGUGCCCGUUUAACGGAUGACGAUGGGAGAUCUGGUGAUGGAGGAGAGCCAACCAACGGCGAUUAGAUAAGCUAACCAACGGAGCCGCAGACGGCAGACGUGAAGGUAAGUCUCCGAACCUCCUCCAUUAAGUCUCAAUGCCUGCAUACGGUGAAUGUGGCCGUUUAAUGGAUGGUGAUGGAAGUGCUGGCGAUUGAGGAAAGUCAACGAACGGCGAUUGGAUAAGCUGGCCAACGGAAGCACAGACGGAAGACGUGAAAGUUAGUCUAUGGACUUCGUCCAUUUACUCUCCAUGCCUAACUACAGUGAAUGUGGCCGUUAUCUGCUGGCGAUUAAGGAGAGGCGACCAACGCCAACUGGAUAAUCUAACCAACGAAGGCGCAGACGGAAGUCGUGAAGGUAAGUCUCCGUACCUUCUCCACUUAGUCUUCAUGCCUAUCUACAGUCCAUGUGGCCGCAGGUAACGACCGCAUUCAAUUGGAUACGCCUCUGCCCAAUAUCGUAGGAAAUUUUCCCAGGAGGCUGUUAUGUUGUCGCCCCUUAGGUCGAACCAGAGGCGGUACUGCACCUCAUCUCGGUGGGCCCACACUGUUGUGCCGCAGACAAGGCCAGACUCGUACAGGUUCUUCUUUAAUCUUCUCCAGUAGGCCGCUGUGGCGUUCGUAUGCGGACCCGUUGUGGGAUUCUCGAAGAUACUACUGUGGUUUGACAGUGUAGUAUGUAUAACCUUCCGACGGUAUGUGGGUGUAACCCUUACGCUCCUCGGUUACGAUAACACUACCGGCAGCCACCCACUUCCUUAUGACGGGUCUUAGGACCUCCCAGCUGCGGUUGUUAACCGGCUCAAAUAGGGCUUUCCGCCCGCGUAUAUCGUACAUACCGGCGACCCACAACUGGCACCGCGGUCGUUCCCCGUUGUACUUGCGGCGACUGCUGAACGUCCCGUCUAUCUGCACUUCCAUUCCAUGGCAGUAUUUCUACUGACACCUACACUUGCCGCACACCGCUUAGCCCGCACACUUUCGACGAACUUGUAGCAUAUACGUAGCAGUGUCUGUAGACUGAGCUUGCUGCCAACGAACAAUGACCGCGUCCGCAUGCUCCGCCUCCGUCUGCAGUGUCCACAACGGAAUGCAUAACCGUCCGUAUGCUGCGGCAACACUUGCAUCUGCACAGUACGCCGACAUCGGCAUGCUAAGGUGGUGACCAGCAACGUCGACCGCUGCUUAUACUGAACGACGCCUGCUGACUGAAGGACAGCUUGUAUUUCAUCCUCGGCCGUCGGUAUAACCCGCUGAGGACGGCACCUACGUCCACCAGCAGUCGGUGAGGAUCUAGAUGUAGAAUUGUGGGAGUUUACAAUACAGCGGGUGUCAACUUAUACAUAUCCCCCACCAACCGACGAAUUCGCAGACGGAUAUCGUGAAGGUAAGCUUCUUUACCUACUCCAUUUGCUCUCCAUGCCUACCUACAGUCAUUGUGACCAUUACCUGCUGACGAUGGUAGAGGUGGCGAUCGAGGAGACCCAACCAACGGCGAUUGGACAAGAUAACCAACGAAGGCGCAGACGGAAGACGUGAAGGUAAGCAUCGUUACUUCCUCCAUUUGCUCUCUAUGCCUACCGACAGUGAAUGUUGCUGUUACCGGCCGGUCAAAGAGGGAGAUGGCGAUUGAGGAGAACCAACCGUCGACGAUUGGAGAAGUUAACUAACGAAGACGCAGACGGAAGACUGGAAGGUAUGACUCUGUACUUCGUCCACUAACUCUCCUUGCCUACCUACAGUGCCUGUGGCCGUUACCUGCUGGCGAUGGGAGAGCUGGCGAUUGAGGAGAGCCAACCAAGGACGUUUGGAGAGGCUAACCAACGAAGGCGCAGACGGAAGGCAUGAAGAUAAGACCCUGUACUUCGUCCACUUACUCUCCAUGCCUAUCAACAGCGCAUCUGGCCGUUACCUGCUGGCGAUGGGGGAGCUGGCGUUUGAGGAGAGCCAACCAACGGCGAUUGGAGAAGCUAACCAACGAAGGCGCAGAUGGAAGACGUAAAACGAAGACUCUGUACUUCCUCCAUUUACUGUCCAUGCCUACCUACAGUGAUUGUGCCACUGUCUGCUGGCGAUGAGGAUACCAGCUACCAAAAAUGGUUGCUUAAGGUGCUAGGGGGUACUGCAUUGUAUUGCAAGCGUGUAAUCGCAUACCCUUUUCUAGUACACCUGUUGAAUGUUACACUGUUGAAUGUUACUGAUGUCGCAAACUGACUACCCAAGGCAGUCGGGGACGAUUUUCCGUACUACGCUGUAUGUUUAGUAUAUUGUUCCUUUUUCUAAUUCGGAGUAAAUGUUGCAUUUUGCUAUGGCAGUGUUCCUGCUUACGAUGCUGCUAAGCCUCCGGAAUGAGAGAAGUUGUGAUAAGCAGUUGAGUAAAUUUCAACCGCAGGCCUGCGUUAGCUGAUAACUGCCUAUGGAUGACUAAUGGUAGAGUUGAACGGACGUUGUCUGUGGGAUGGGCAGGUAUCUCUAGCAGUGGUAACGGAGUCAUCAUCGCAGCGUAAGGAGGGCGACUGGUCGUCCACCGUGGAGGCUUGGUAGGUGAACAUGUUUACCGGCGUCCACUAAGCCUCGUCGAUAAACCCUUAUGGGGCAGGAAGGGAGUGAUUACGGAAGGCCUUUAGAGCGGGGACAGGGAGGUGCGAAGAGAGGGUCUUAGGCCGCAGCCAACCAUGGUAGGCGGUAGGUAGGUAUGGGUGUAGCUUGUAACUGGCGACGUGAACCACCCGCUGGGAAGGGCAUAUUAGGUCAACUAAAAAAGCUGGGUGGGAGAGCCAGUAGACUGUGAAACAGGCGGAAUUGGGAACAGCCGGUGAGGGAAUUGUCGAAUGCGGUAAGCUUGCCGAAAGGCGAGAGGGACUGCCGGGAUUGAUGUUGGGACGGCGUAGGUGACAGGCCGUUGGGGGGGGGGAGUGAGAAAGGCGUGGGCUGGACGGUGAGGGAGCGGUAGGGGAUUACGUAAAGGAAAGAAGUGAUUACGGAAGACCUUUAGAGCGGGAACAGGGAGGUGCGAAGAGAGGGUCUUAGGCCGCAGCCAACCAUGGUAGGCGGUAGGUAGGUAUCGGUGUAGCUUGUAACUGGCGACGUGAACCACCCGCGGGCAAGGGCAUAGCAGGUCAACUAACAAAGCCGUGGGUGUUUUAAGUUAAAAAAAACCUCAGUUCUAAGGGAAAAUAAUAACAAAAUUUUAAAAAAAUAACGAUAGGUACAACAUAAAAAUUGAAGUUUGCAGUCUGGUAGUUUUCGGGGGUAUGAAUAAUUUGUCCUUCAUGGCAAUUGAAGAACUUUGAUGUCGGCCUGACCUUGAAAUUAUUUUCCUGUUGGGUAAAUUUCGGUGUGCUCUAGUUGCUGGUUGUCAGUCUAUCUGGCCAGCUGUAAGGGGGCGGUCGCACAGUUCCUACGUAUUUUUCAGGAGGCCUACCAUCGUGGUCUGGACUAAGAGCUAGAAAAGAUGAAUAUAUAUCAGGAGUAAGAAGCAUUCAAUGGUAAGUCACAAUCAAAACUGCCAAAAUACUAUUGAAUCAUGUAUCGUAUUGUUCUUGUUAAUGUGAAAUUAUAGGAGUAGUGGUCGACUGUUUACUAUGACCUAAUAUAGUUCUAUAUAUGUUUAAUAUGGCUUUAAUAUAGACAUACGCACUACUAAUAUGCAGGGUUUUAUCGAAGGGUAUAUUUUAUUAGCUUUAUAAGUGAUAUUUAGUGUCAGGUGAUAUAGCUGAUGAAAACGAGAAAGGGAGGAAAAUAGAAGAAUAUCAUUAUUUGUUCUGUGUUUAUCAAUGGUGCUAUCUUUUAUAAAUUUGAUUAGUUUUAGUGCUAUGUUCCGGUAUGUUCCGUUGAGAACGUACGUCGGGUUGGCAGAUCUGCCUUACCCGUCUCUAGUCGUGGGUUUAUGGAAGACGAAGAAGGCGAAGGAGAAGAAGAAGAAGAAGAAGAAGAAGAAGAAGAUGAUGAUGAUGAUGAUGAUGAUGAUGAUGAUGAUGAUGAAGAAGAAGAAGAAGAAGAAGAAGAAGAAGAAGAAGAAGACGGAGAGGGAGGGGGAGCAGGAGUAG